GACGGUGGUGGUUCUGGAGGAGAGAUGGUUCAGACAGAGCUCCGAGAUCGACAGGAUUAGGGUGCGAGGCUCAGAAUUCGCCCGAUCGGGGAUUGAAAUUGGGAUUGUGAUUGCGUGACAGCGAGAUUUUGCAGCUGAAGCCAUGAACAAUUGGGAGAUUUUGCAGCUGGCCAAGGGGUUUAGAGGACGAGCGAAAAAUUGCAUUCGUAUUUCGAGGGAACGCGUGGAAAAAGCUCUUCAGUAUGCUUAUCGAGACCGUCGGAACAAGAAAAGGGAUAUGCGUGGCCUCUGGAUUCAACGCAUCAAUGCUGGAACUCGUCAACAUGGGGUGAACUACGGACAGUUUAUGCACGGAUUGAACACGGAAAAUGUGCAGCUAAACAGGAAGGUGCUUUCUGAAAUAGCAAUGCACGAGCCUUACAGCUUCAAGACCCUUGUCGAUGUAUCGCGCACUGCAUUCCAACACCAGCACGCCCAUUUAAAGAAGUGACCGAGUUAUAAAUGCGAUCGUCUUCGUAGGACUGCUCUCAAUUUCUUGGGAAAAUGUUGAAUUUGUCUUUUAGGCUAGAAUGGUGACAUGCAAUUCCCACUUCCAUGCACAUUACAGCUGAUGGUUUUCAUGAGGAUUUGGAUCUCCCAAAAUGUCUCUCAUGUGGAGUCUCAGAAGUUUCUUGCCUGUGUCUGAUAAAUGAUAAAUGCGAAAUUUAUUGAGAAGACAAUGAUUAGAUGGGCAGGGGACAGCGCUCGAGGUUUUAGAGACGGAAUUUUGCUCCAAGUGCGAUACAGAGGUGGAUAUAAAACCUGAACUGAAGCAAGCAAGCUUACAGGGUCCGGUUACAUCGAGAAUGCAAAAGAAUUUUUCCAUGCAGAAAGCAGCGGCUUCUAUGAGAUGUACACUCCAAUUUCACAGUCAGUACUUUGUGUCAAAAUUUAUAUACAACCUUGUGCUCC